AUGAACUUGAUGUUUCUCAACAAUGAAACUUGGUCUCUAUACUACCUUGUCUCUAAUAUCUAUAUCUAUAAUUCAGUUGACACCAUUAUUUCGGCUUUCAAAAAUGAUGAUGCCGCAAUUUCAGAGGAUCGUUAUGUCAAGUGGAAUUGCAACAAUCAUAUGGGCACCAUUCUGAAUGUUGAUGGGAGUUGCAAUGGAACUCCUAUUCGAACUAGUUUUGGCGGUGUUUUUCGCAAUAAUGGGGGUCUUUUCCUCUCGGCUUUCUCAUGCAUGAUCUCCCAAUCAGAAGACAUUUUGCUAGCUGAACUAACAACAAUCUAUCAUCGCUUGUGCAUGGCUAUUGACAUGGGUGUAGAUGAUUUGGCUUGUUACUCAAAUUCCCUCCUUUCCAUUAAUCUCAUAAAGGGGGAUACUCCGCACUAUCAUGUUUAUGUUGUCCUCAUCCAGAACAUUAAGGAUAUAUUGGCUACCAAUAAUUUUACAUUUCAUCAUACUCUCAGAGACGGUAACCAGAAUUUUGAUUUCAUGGCAAAGUUAGGGGCCACAUCCAAUGCUGAUUUCGUCAUCCACACAACUCCUCCAGAAGACCUCAUCUUGCUGCUUCGGAGUGACGCCUCGGGAGUCUUCUUCCCUAGAGCCUUCCCUUUUUUCUUUUUUCUGUUGAGCUCUGAUUUUAGUUUGGAUAACCGGUGUUCAAGAUGCCUUGAACACAGUCAACAGGCAUGGUGGAUUCCCACUUCCCAAUGUCCUAAUCCCUUUGCAUUUGCUUGUUUGUUUCCACUCCAAAUCCAAUUCUAA